AUGUCUGUUGUAACGAUACGCGAAGUCGUCUUUCUGAACAACCCUGCACGCUUCUCAGAUGACUACAAGUUUAACGUUGUGUUCGAGUGCAUAGCACCGCUGAAAGAUGAUCUUGAGUGGAAGCUUAUCUUUGUGUCAUCACCCGAUAAGGAGAAUCUUGAUCAAGAGCUCGACGAUUGCAUGGUCGGACCCGUCCCCGUCGGUGUUAAUUCGUUCGCAUUCUCCUCGCCUGCUCCCAAUCCUCAUCUUAUUCCGAACGAAGAUGUGCUUGGAGUAGCAGCUAUCAUCCUCACGGGAUCUUAUCGUGAUCAGGAAUUUGUGAGGGUUGGGUAUUAUCAGAAUACCGAGUAUGAUAGCCCUGAGCUGAAUGAGAAUCGGCCGGAGAAUAUUGUUUGGGAUAAAUUGGUAAGGGAUGUAUCGAAUAAACCAAGGGUGACAAGAUUUAGUAUCAAAUGGUAUGCGUAA